GGAGCUGACGUGACCGUCCCGCCUCCAGAACCAGAACCGGUCGCCGUCUCAGCAGCCUCCGGCCCCGCCGCCUCCCGAGUGCCCCGCCGCGGAGGCUCGGACCCGAGGUCGACGCCGGGCGCCCUUCCUCCUCCCCGCCAUGGCUGCGCCCCGCGCGCCCCGCGCGCCCCGCGCUCUGACGGCCGCCGCGCCCGGGUCCGGGAAGGCCAAGCUGACGCACCCCGGGAAGGCAAUCCUGGCAGGCGGCCUGGCGGGAGGCAUAGAAAUCUGCAUCACCUUCCCGACCGAGUACGUGAAGACGCAGUUGCAGCUGGAUGAACGCGCGAACCCACCGCGCUACCGGGGCAUCGGGGACUGCGUGCGGCAAACUGUCCGCAGCCAUGGCGUCCUGGGCCUGUACCGCGGCCUCAGCUCCCUGCUCUACGGCUCCAUCCCCAAGGCGGCUGUCAGGUUCGGGACGUUCGAGUUCCUCAGCAACCACAUGCGGGAUGCCCAGGGUCGGCUCGACAGCAGUCGAGGGCUGUUGUGUGGUCUGGGCGCAGGCGUGAUGGAGGCAGUGGUGGUCGUGUGCCCCAUGGAGACCAUCAAGGUAAAGUUCAUCCAUGACCAGACUUCCCCCAACCCCAAGUACCGAGGAUUUUUCCACGGAGUUCGGGAGAUUAUUCGGGAACAAGGGGUAAAGGGAACAUACCAAGGCCUCACGGCUACUGUACUGAAGCAGGGCUCAAACCAAGCUAUCCGAUUCUUCGUUAUGACUUCACUGCGCAACUGGUACCGAGGAGACACCAACAAACCUAUGAACCCACUCAUCACGGGGGUCUUUGGAGCCAUUGCCGGUGGCAGUGUCUUUGGGAACACACCUCUGGAUGUGAUCAAGACCAGGAUGCAGGGCCUGGAGGCACACAAGUACCGGAACACGCUGGACUGCGGCUUGCAGAUCCUGAGGAAUGAGGGCCCUCCCAGAUUCUACAAGGGCACUGUUCCCCGACUGGGCCGGGUCUGCCUGGACGUGGCCAUCGUCUUCAUCAUCUAUGAUGAGGUGGUGAAGCUGCUCAAUAAAGUCUGGAAGACAGACUAA